CCGCCGCCGCCACCGCCACCGGCCGCCACAUCAAGGUGGAGCUCGAGCAUUGGAUGGACGGACAGUACAACCUGCGAUUGGAUAAUACAAAGAAUCUCAGUCUCCAGAUGGAUUACUUUUUUCAACCUCAAAAAACCUGUCUGAUUUGCGGUGACGAGGCAUCAGGAUGCCACUAUGGAGCCCUCACCUGUGGCAGCUGCAAAGUGUUCUUCAAGCGAGCAGCUGAAGGAAAACAUAAGUUCCUUUGUGCCAGUAGAAACGAUUGCACGAUCGAUAAAAUUCGAAGAAAAAACUGUCCAUCUUGUCGUCUAAGGAAGUGCUUUGCUGCUGGAAUGACGCUUGGAGGUCGAAAAUUGAAGAAUACCAGACCAUUCCAAACUGCAGAGGAAAUUGAGUCUUCAGUUGCACAAAGGCAGGACACCAGUCAGUCUGUCAUACCAAGGAUGGGUAUACCAAGAAUGCAGAAAUUUCAGUGCCAACCCCUUUUCCUCUCUGUUCUACAAGUCAUUGAGCCUGACAUGGUAUAUGCAGGCUAUGACAAUACUCAGCCUGAUACAUCCUCCAGUCUAUUAACAAGCCUCAAUGAGCUUGGGGAAAGACAACUUGUGCAUUUUGUCAAAUGGGCAAAAGUCUUACCAGGUUUUCGAAAUUUACAUGUGGAUGACCAAAUGAGUCUCAUACAGUAUUCAUGGAUGGCAGUUAUGGUGUUCGCAAUGGGAUGGAGGUCCUAUAGAAUUGUGAAUUCCAGAAUGCUCUACUUUGCACCAGACUUGGUAUUUAAUGAGCAACGGAUGCAAAAAUCAUCGAUGUACGAUCUGUGCAUGGAGAUGCAGCGGUUGUCCCAAGAGUUUCAGUGGCUUCAACUCUCCCAGGAUGAGUUCUUUUGCAUGAAAGUGUUGUUACUGUUUAGCAUCAUUCCAGUGGAAGGUCUGAAAAACCAGAAAUACUUUGAUGAGCUACGAUUGAACUACAUCCAGGAACUGGACAGAGUCAUUUCAUUUCACAGGAAGGACGCUCCUUAUAACCCACAUCGCUUUUAUCAACUCACCAAGCUCCUAGACUCGCUGCAAAUAACGGUGAGGAAACUGCAUCAUUUUACGUUUGAUCUGUUCGUUCAAUCUCAAUCUCUGAGCAUCCAGUUUCCUGAAAUGAUGGCAGAAAUCAUCUCUGCUCAGGUGCCAAAGAUCCUCGCUGAGAGCAAGUCUUGGCUGGGUGGUGUGAAAGAAGGGAGAAGUCUUGACGAGAGAGAGAGAAAGGUGCCUUCUUGUCCAGCUAAACCCUGGCAGCCGUCUGUGGAGAUGUCCAUCAGAUGGAGCAUUCUGACAUGCUGUCUGAGAAGGUUAAGUGAGAAUGUGCUGGGAGUGGGGAGAAGCCUGAAGAUAACCUGCAACAAAAAGCCUUGUGUGAUUUGCUUUUCAGUGGUCUGGUCCAGCCGACAGCAGUUCAUCAAGAGAAAGUAACUCCUACCCUCACUGCCCCAGUACCUGAGAGUUUCUCGCACACACUGAAUGAUUGUCCAAAGUUGAGCCAUAAUCCCUAACCCAAGGAACAUGAUUAGCUGUUACUUACGUAACUUUAUCUGUUUUA